CUCCCCCCUCCCUCCCUUGGCUCUCGGGAACGGAUGCUUGUUUUGGGGAGCGGACGAGGCUGCCUCCUUCUUCCCCAGCCCUGGGCCUCUGCACUAGACCUCCCCACGCCUCCCCUCCUCGCUUCCUUCCUCCUUCUCCCUGCCUCCCUCUUUGCAGUGCAAGCGUGGAGGGACUAGGAAGGAGAGUUCGCGGUCCUGAGCCCCGCAGAAGUGUUGCUGCGUGGCUCAGCUGCGGGCCUCGAACCCCGGGACUGGGCUCUCUGAGCCUCCCCCGGGACGGCCUCCUUUGUCUGGCCUUUUGGUGCUGGCGUUCCUCGGCCCCCGUCCUGCUAACGCUUGUCCUUCUCCCCGCAUUUUCCGGCUACGGUUAAGCUCUCCGGCUCUCCUCUCGCUCCUCCUUCCCUGGGAGUUGGGAAUCACUGACCCACAGCCCGGACAGCCUUCUUCAAGUGUCCCUUAAAAUUAAAAAAAAAAAAGAUUCCAGAUUUGGGUACUGGCCUCUGGCCUUUGGGUUGCCAAUGAAGUAUAUACUGGUCACUGGUGGGGUCAUCUCUGGCAUUGGAAAAGGGAUCAUUGCAAGCAGCAUCGGUACUAUCCUAAAAUCAUGUGGUCUCCGAGUGACAGCCAUCAAAAUUGAUCCCUACAUUAACAUUGACGCUGGAACCUUUUCGCCCUAUGAGCAUGGUGAAGUGUUUGUAUUAAAUGAUGGUGGAGAAGUUGAUCUGGACUUGGGAAAUUAUGAAAGGUUUUUGGAUAUUAACCUUUAUAAAGACAACAAUAUCACUACUGGAAAGAUAUAUCAGCAUGUAAUCAAUAAAGAAAGACAUGGUGAUUACUUGGGGAAAACAGUACAAGUUGUUCCUCAUAUUACGGAUGCUGUUCAGGAAUGGGUGAUGAACCAGGCCAAAGUUCCGGUGGAUGGUCACAAGGAAGAACCCCAAAUAUGUGUCAUAGAGCUGGGUGGCACUAUUGGAGACAUUGAAGGCAUGCCAUUUGUUGAAGCAUUUAGACAAUUUCAGUUUAAGGCAAAAAGAGAGAACUUCUGUAAUAUCCAUGUUAGUCUUGUCCCACAGCCCAGUGCUACAGGGGAACAGAAAACCAAACCUACACAAAAUAGCGUUCGGGCAUUGAGAGGUUUAGGAUUAUCUCCUGAUCUGAUUGUGUGCAGAAGUUCAAAGCCCAUUGAAAUGGCUGUAAAGGAAAAGAUAUCCAUGUUUUGCCACGUUGAACCUGAGCAGGUAAUAUUCAUCCACGAUGUUUCUUCCACUUACCGAGUUCCUGUCCUUUUGGAAGAUCAAGGUAUUGUCAAAUAUUUUAAAGAGAGAUUGGACCUGCCUAUUGAUGAUCAUGCGAGUGAUUUGCUUUUCAAGUGGAAAAAUAUGGCCGACAGGUAUGAAAGAUUACAAAAAACGUGCUCCAUAGCCCUGGUUGGCAAAUAUACCAAACUCAGUGACUGCUAUGCAUCAGUAUUUAAAGCCUUAGAACACUCGGCCUUGGCAAUUAAUCACAAAUUGGAUUUAAUGUAUAUAGAUUCUAUUGAUCUGGAACAGUCUUCUGAGAUUGAGAACCCUGUGAGAUUUCAUGAAGCCUGGCAGAAGCUGUGCAAAGCAGAUGGGAUUCUAGUACCAGGAGGUUUUGGUUAUCGGGGCACAGAGGGAAAACUCCGGGCAAUUUCUUGGGCAAGAACAAAGAAAAUACCUUUUCUGGGAAUUUGUUUAGGGAUGCAGUUGUCAGUGGUGGAAUUUGCCAGGAACUGUCUUGGUUGGAAAGAUGCAGAUUCUACAGAAUUUGUACCAAAUACCAGCAUUCCUGUUGUGAUUGAUAUGCCUGAGCACCAUCCUGGUGAAAUGGGAGGUACAAUGAGGCUGGGAAAAAGAACAACAAUUUUCAAAACAGAAGACUCUAUUUUGAGGAAACUCUAUGGGGAUGUUGAUUGUGUAGAAGAACGACACAGACAUCGGUAUGAGGUUAACCCAGAAUUGAUCCAGCAAUUUGAAGAGAAAGGUUUGAAGUUUGUAGGUCGAGAUGUUGAAGGAGAAAGAAUGGAGAUCAUUGAAUUGGCAAAUCACCCUUAUUUUGUGGCUGUCCAGUUCCAUCCUGAAUUUUCUUCUAGGCCAAUGAAACCUUCUCCUCCAUACCUGGGUCUAUUGCUUGCAGCAACUGGUACACUUAGUGCUUACCUGCAACAAGGCUGUAAACUGUCUCCAAGGGGCACAUUCAGAAAGAAUGACAGCUACAGUGACCUUAGUGAUGACAGUCUUCCAGAAAGAAGGGUUUCUGAAAUGGAAGCAAAUUGAGACUCCUUUGUGACUCUUUGCAACAGAAAGGACCCAAACAGCCUACAGAUCUGUUGAAGUCAAUUGAAGAAACUGCUGGAAUGAAUGGCACAACAUACAAACCUUUUCCUACCCUUUUUCCUACUACUACAACUCUUUUUACUCUUUCAACAGAUAGAUUUGAGAGUUAAAGCUAUUGUAGUAAUCUAAUUCCAAUUCCACACAAAGAAAGGAAGAAAAAAGAAAAAAAUGAUUUCCAUCUCCCUUCUAUUGUCCUCCUUGCAAAGGCUAUUGUUGGCUCCAUUGCCUUAUCAGAAAGAAAAUAAAACUCUUUAAUAUUAAUGUA